GGUGCGUUCUGGGCCUGAGGGUUUUGCCCGCUUGGUUUUUGCGCUGUUCCUCGUCUCCUGCGGGGUUUCCCCCGCCUGUGCUGUUCGUGCCUUCUGCCUCCGUUUGCAGGUGGCCUUCAUACGCUGAGGGGCAGGUUGUCUUUUCUGGAAGUGUUAGUGUUGGGCGUUUCUCACAGGGGUGGUGGGGUUAGGCAGGUUUGUGGAGGCUCAGCUGAGGGAGGGAUCAGUUUCCUGCAAGGUUCAGGGCCAGCGUCCUGCUUGGGAAAAGCAUUUUCCGUGUCUGUAGGUGUUCCUUUUUUCCAGAGGGCAGGGAAGGCUUGUCUUGGGGAGUUGGGCUCACAGUUGGGAGGGCUAAAGGCUUAAUUUAAGUGGGCCUCAAAAAGAAUACUCGGGAGAAGGGUUUCUUCAACACUCAUUUAAAAAACAGGAGAACAACCAAAGUCUGGUGGUGUUUUCCAAAGGCUCAGUGUUGACUGGAGUUGAUAAGAAUGUUGAGAGCCUCUUCUUAGGCCCUCUGGAAAUCAGUUGGGCUGAUGUCAGCACUUCAGAGCAUUGCUUUCAAUGGCUUGUGUUUCAUAUUGACACACAAUAUUCUAAUUACCACAUACUGCAGCUUCAGGGGAGGUCUGUGUUGUGAAAAUCAAGACUCUAAUACUGGUGACUAUUAGAUGAACCAUCUGGCUCUGUUUCCUUAAUGUUAUGGGGUAGUUUUGGACUGAUACAGAUUAUAAGAUGAUCUGAGCAACCUGAUCUAGGGGGGAGGUCUUCCUGCCCGUGCAGGGGAGUUGGAACUGGGUGAUCUUUAACGUCCCUUCCAGCUCUAACCAUUCUAUGAUUCUAUUAAUUUUGUGGGCAGUGUUUGUAGGUUCACGUACUGACUUGGUAAAGCUGAGUAGCUGCAGUCUGGUCUGAGGUGGACUUGUGAGUGGUGGUCAUACAUGUGUUAAUGCAAAUGUUUUAUUAACAGACAGAAGAGUACCUGCAAAAUGGCAACUGCUCAGAAGCAAAGGAAUAGUGUGAGUGCAGUUGUAUUUCCUAACAAAAUCGCUACUGAGCAGCAAUCCCUGAUGCUUGUGAAGAGGCUUCUGGCAGUAGCAGUCUCCUGCAUCACUUAUCUCAGAGGAAUCUUUCCUGAAAGUGCCUAUGGAACAAGAUACAUGGAUGAUCUCUGUGUCAAAAUUCUGAGGGAAGACAAGAACUGUCCUGGCUCUACUCAGCUGGUGAAAUGGAUGUUAGGAUGCUACGAUGCCUUGCAGAAGAAAUACCUAAGAAUGAUUGUCCUGGCAGUCUACAGCCAUCCAGAAGAUCCUCAGACAAUUACAGAAUGUUACCACUUCAAAUUCAAGUACACCCACAAUGGGCCACUCCUGGAUUUCAGCAGUAAGAAUAAAAGGAAUGAUUCCACCAUCACCUGUGCAGACACCAAGAAAGCAAGUUUGCUGCUCAUCCGCAAGAUUUAUGUUCUGAUGCAGAACCUGAGCCCGUUACCAAAUGAUGUUUGCCUGACUAUGAAGCUGUUUUAUUAUGACGAAGUUACACCAUCUGAUUACCAACCUCCUGGUUUUAAGGAGAGUGAAUGUGAGGGGAUGAUAUUUGAAGGGGAGCCAAUGUAUCUGAAUGUGGGUGAAGUGCCAACACCUUUUCAUAUGCUGAAAGUUAAAGUUACAACUGAAAAGCAACGGAUGGAAAAUAUUGAUCAAAGCAUCCUGAAGCAUGGAGAGACUAAUGUGCCUCUGCAGGUGCUCAGAGGGGACAGAGAUGAUCCAGAGGAAGAGAACCAGGACAUGAAUGAAGAUCCUGUCUUGGAUAAUGAAGUGGAAGAGAGGAAUAAUGUAAAUGUUUCAGAAGCUCAAGAACCGAAUUUAACUUGUGAAGAAGAUGAAGUUACAAAGGCUGGAAGGAACCAGAGUCUGAAUGUUUCUAAUCCUCAGGUCGAUCAUUUGGCAAGUAAGACAUCUGAACUUAAUAUGUCAGAGAGCAGGACAAGAAGUGGAAAGAUAUUUCAAGCCAGCACUGUUUAUCAGUUUGAACCCUCAUCUAGUCAAGACGUGCUGCCAAAAAGGAGAAAGAUCAGUGAACCAAAGGAGCAGUUUUAGAUCCGCAUCUCUCUGCUGUUUGUUUUGACUUGUUCUCCACUUCCGUUUUGUUGUUUAAUAGGAAUGUUCAUAUUUAAAUAUCUUGUAGGGAUCUUUUCUAUGUGCAGUAAAAGUGGUAAGUGUUUAAGGAAAGAAAAACCAUCAAGAAGUUCAGCUGAAGAAACCAGAACUUGUUAUAGGAGGUUGUACCCCAUCAGGAGAAACAGAAGGUACCUGACUGCAGAUGGACCUGAGACAGUUUCUGUCACAAAGGUGAUUUGGAGGAUUUGACUCCCUGCUCUUAAUAUGUUUAAAUCCUGAUGGUGAUGGUGUCAUGUUCCUGACCCACAGCACAAGGUUUCACAGGUAGCUGUGGGCUGUAUUUCAGAGCUGAGGAACUCCUUGUCCAGAACUUCCUAUGGGGCACAAACCCCCUUGAGUCUUGGGUUCAUUUCCAGAGCGUUCAGGAGCAGGUUCUGCAGGGUUAUGCUGUCAGUUACAGCGAGAUCACAGUUUUUGCUUUUACUGCUGGGACACUUGUGCGUGGGGGGGCUUGAUUAUCUCAGACUGAAGGCACCAGACUCCAGUAAAAAACAAGCAUCCUUCAUAGCUUUGAUUAUGUAUUUCAUGUCAAAAUGUAGGAAUUUCUGUGCAGCUGCAAGGAGGCAUUGGUUUGUGAUUAGAAACCAAGUAUGAAUCUGUGGCAGGCAUCUGUUACAAGUGUGAGAUUUGAACAAACCGGUGUGUACUUAAAAUGAUUUAACUGCAGAAGUUGGACAUGGUGCCUUUUCUUUGUCUAGUGACAAGAUGUUUCUGCAAGGUGAAGAGCUGCCACUGUCUUCAGUGAGGAGAGCUGAACAUGCCUUGACGUUUCUGACUUAAGAAUGGCGUGUUAUCAUUCCUCAAUUAAAACUGUUAACGUUUAA